AAAAGCUCUUUCAUGCAUACCUAAAACGUUUAAAUUGCCCAAUCCAGUUCCCAGACACGAUUAGCACGGCGAUUAAUGCCAUGUGAUUUGUCUCUAUAAACGGACCCAUCGCUCGCACGCGCAAUCCAUCAGUCUGCGCGCGCACAGGGGCGGCGUUGUGUUUCUCCUCAUUAAGCUCCCGCCCUGUUUUCCUGCUUACUUCAUCAAUCAGUCCCGUUAGCAGAGCGGAACCGAGUGCCUUCUCUCUCUCUCUCUCUCUCUCUCUCUCUCUGACCUUUUCUCUCUCUGAUGGCAUCGUUUGAAUCACACGGGAGAAGUGUAACAGAGUUUGGCAGAUUUCCACGAGCAAAAAGUCCCGCGUUUUUUUUUAUUUUCUCUGUCAAACUCCUCACGUUAGUUUUAAUUCGGCGUUCAUAUAGUUUUAGUUACCUGAAUGAAUAAACUACAAUCAAAACAGUACUAUAUUUUCUUCAUAUAGGCGACUCUUUACUGAUGGAGUCCAGAAAAUUAGGAGUCGAUGACUCGAUUCCAUGUGUUGGUAACUGAUUCCAAGAAUCGAUUCCGUAAAGUAAGAGUCAUGAACAGCAAAACUAAAACAUGGGACAGGGAAAGGACGUGGUAAAACAGUCCGAGUACAUAUAAUAUAUAAUACUCUAGCAUGGUUAACAAGAAAACUGCCAACUUCGAAACUGCAAUUGUGGUUCGCGACAUAGGAUAAAAUUUAAAGAGCUACCGUUAGCUAAAUUAGCUAGCUCCUUCGGGUAGGUAGAGCUGAGAAGCUUUAGCAUGGGCGGCGUUGUUUUACUGUAAGCGUGUUUUGCUGUAAAUUUUGCAUGUAAAAUCCUACCAGACUGUUGAUGCUUGUGGUGUGAGGUGAAGUAUUUCUCAGAUAGUGACAACAGAAUAUUGUUUUCUCGCUUGUCAUCGUCUGUACGCGAUUAUUAUUAUUUUUUCGCUGUAUUGACUCGGAGUCGACUCUUGAACACUAAGAAUCGACUCUUUUGCGGAUCGACUCUCAGGCAGUAGCGUGUACAGCAGUGUGCUGUUUUGUUCAGAACGCAGUUAAAACUUAAAUGUAUAAUUGGUGUUUAAAUGUUUUAUUCUGGUUUUAAGUAUUACUAAACUCCAAGACAGCUACGUAAACACCCAGUGGGCUGUAUUUGAGUUCACCCUGACGUUUGUUCGCUUUAUUUUGGCGGUUAAAUCUCAGUCUUGUCCUCACUGCUCGGCUAAGUGCACACCGAGGCGCUGAUACAGAGCCGAGCGAAGUUCUGCAAGAGAGAAGAUAAGACGCGUUUCUGAACCUGUAGCUUGAGUGUUUCAGAAGGAGAUUAGCUUACCUAAGUUCUCAGAGGGAUAAUAUCAUUGUUCUGCAUUGAAACAGCGGCGUGUGAUAUUCCCCCAGGGUCCCAUUCAUGAGCAUUGUCUCCCUCUCAUGUCUGAGGCAGAGGGAUGAUUACAAAGCCAGGGAUUUGCAUUCUUAUGAAAUUAACUGCAGGCAAAAGUAGCUGAAGAGCUGCUUUUGGAUAGUGCAGACAGUUGUACGCAAAUCACAGCGUUUCCUUUGCAGAAAGGGUGUCGAGAUUGUGCUUGGAGGUUUUAAAGCAUACAGACUUGAAAGGGCUGCAUGCAAGAUGCAGAAACAAUGCCUUGGUGAUCCCUCUGGAUUUAUCAAAGCAAUAUAAACUUAUCUUAAUUUUAAUCUUUCAGGAUAUCUAACUGAACUGAUCAUUGCGUUAAGCCAUUAAUCUGCUCCUCAGUAUAUUCAGGCUUGAAGUCAAUGGUGUUGGAAUUAGUUGGAACGGGCAGCUUGUCAGUCCUCCAGCAGGAAGCCAGGCGUGUAGCUUCAUGUCAGGUUUAGGAUAUUUGGAACGUGUCACCCUAUUUGCAGAGGAAGUGCUUACGCAGCCUGCCUCACAGGGAUAUUAGACCUGUUUAGCCAGUUCUCACAGUUGAAAGUAAAGGAGCAUUACAGAGGGACGCGCUUUCAAGAUUACCUGUGGAGGAACAACAAUUGUCUUCUGUCUGUUUUAUUUUUUUUCCUGAAUCAUAUUCGUUCAGAAAAAAUGGAGGGAGAUGAUGCCAAUCAUUCUGGUCCCGUGAUGGUGAAUAGCCGUGUGGAGUCAUCAGCUGUGGCUGUAACAGGUGGAGGAGGAGGUGGAGGUGGAGCAGGCCGAUCGUGUGCCGGCUGCAGUGGCCGCAUCUCUGACCGCUUCCUGCUCUUCUCCAUGGAGCGCUAUUGGCACACGCGCUGCCUGAAGUGCUCUUGCUGCCAGGCACAGCUGGGCGAGAUCGGCACCACCUGCUAUAGCAAAGGGGGCAUGAUCCUCUGCAGGAACGACUAUAUCAGAUUGUUUGGACACAGUGGGGCUUGCAGUGCAUGCGGUCAGUCGAUUCCAGCCAGUGAGAUGGUGAUGAGGGCACAGGGCAACGUCUACCACCUGAAGUGUUUCACGUGUGCUACAUGUCGGAACCGCCUGGUGCCCGGGGACAGAUUCCACUAUGUCAAUGGCACCAUCUUUUGUGAGCAUGACCGGCCUGGAGGAGGCAUGCUCAGCAGUCACCUGGCCCCACUACAGAGCAGCACGCUCCUGCCUGACCAGAAGGUAUGCUAAAGGGACAAGGACUUAACACAGCACAGCACAGCGUGCCUUCUGUUUUGUCCUUCUUUUUCUCUUCAUCUUUUCUCCCUCUUCUUCACCUUUACCUUGCUUCAGAGGCACCAAUAUCCCUCCAUUCUGCAGAUGAACACACCUUAACGGACUCUUAAAAGCUUUGCUUGAAAACAGAAGUUCAUGUUUUCGAACAAAAUUCUCUGAGGCUGGAAGAGCUUCCUCCUUCAUUUUCAGGGUAAGAUGAGUGAGCAGAGAAGAUUAAAGUUACUGUUAAUGUUGGCUGUGGGAUGGCAUUAACUGAACCCUGCUGAUAAGCCCUAAACACAGAGGAUGAGGAAAGGAGGCCCAUGUUUCCAAUUCUGUUUUUAAGAUUUGAUAUUAAGACACUUUUCAAGGACACCAUGGACGUUACGCGAAACACUCCUGACAGUGAAAUGCGGUGGACGCUGUUACUGCUAAUGGAUAAUGCCAAUUGUUUUUCCUUCUAACAGAGACAGAGACCUGAUAUUUUGUGGUUUAAACUCUGUAAAAACACAAUUUGCGUAACUUAAGAUUGUGCGAGUUUUGUACUGCUGGUGUUUGCCUGUUUCACGUCAUUGGCAGGAGUUCAUGUUUCUGUGGGCCUGAUGUACUGAUGUCCUGGUUAGGAAACAAGGAGAAUAGAAAACAAAUGUAUAUAUUCUUGUCUUUUACUGUUGUAUUGUGUGCUCAACAGCUGAAUUUUGUGUUUUCUGAGCAAAAGUGCAUUUAAAAUGAUAUAUCUGUAUAGUUAAAAAGUACUUAUUAAAUAACUAUAACCAA